CAUCCAUAUUGAGUGCCUUAACGCCGUAAGAAAACAUCUUUCAUGCAUGAUAAUACACAUAAUUUGUCUCAAGUUGAGAGAACGUUAACAUGUUUUAUUUUACAUUCUUUUUAUACCAGGUAACUCGUCUCUUUACUUUUUAACAAAACUGAUUAAUCAAGUAAUUCGUUUUGAUUUUGUUUAGUUUUAAAUGUGAUUUAACGUAUGCUCCAUUUUCAUUGCAGACAUCUCACCAGCAAACAAUAAGGCGGGGGUCAGUCUUGAACGUGACGAAUCCAGCCUCAGUGUCACGGUCCGAUAUGGAGAUGGCUGUAAGAUGUGUGUCCUGUAAAAAGGUCUUCGACAACUAUGAACGUAUUCCACAUGUAUUGCCUUGUCUCCAUUCUUGCUGUUCUUCCUGUUUAAAGAAAUCUUUAAAACAUUCCAAAAUAUUGUGUCCAGAUUGCCAAGAAUCGUUCAAGUAUGACAGUAGAGAUAUUUCAAAAUUCCCAGUUGACACUUCGAAAAAACAUAUGGUGGACUUGUAUAGAAUAAAACAGCGGCCAAAUGAGUUUAACUGUGACCAAUGUUCGGGAUUAGCUUCAGGACGCUGUAGAGAAUGUGAAGAGUUCCUGUGUCUGGAAUGCAGCCAGGCUCACCAGAAAACUAAACUCACCAAGACACACAAAGUAAUAAGUCUAGAGAAACUCCGAACGUCACCUCUGGAAUCGUUUCACACCAAGCCAACAUGUCAAUUACUGGGUCAUGAAGGUCAUACACUCGGUCAUUUCUGUGCCAAAACAAAUUGUAAUCAACCCAUAUGUAGGGUUUGUAUAGAGAAUGACCAUCCCGAAAGUGAGGGACACGUUAUCAGAGACAUCAAUGAUGUUUACGUAGAAAACAAACGGCUUUUAGAGGGAUAUCUCAUUCACCUGAGGCACCAGUCGAAUGCAAUCGAGCAAAAGAUGGGCAGACUCGAAGAAGAGAGGGACAAAGUGAAAAAGAAAGACAGCAAAGUUGAGGAAGAAUUUGAGCUUUAUUUUCAGUCUUGUUUUCUUGCACUCGAGAAGCGAAAAAUGGAACUGAAGGCCCGACUUCAAACUGCACGUGAAAACAAUGAAGCUAAUAUGAAUAGCCAAAUUAUCAGUAUACAAGAAGAACGUAAACGUGUAAACCAGGCGUGUAAGUAUGCCGAGGACCAUCUGACGUACAGUGAUGCAGCAGAGUUCUUAGUGAUCAAGGAUCCGGUGUUACAAAGAGUCAACAACUUGUCACAGAAAGAUGUCACAAAGACCACAUCCCCUAUCACGUCGGCUCCGAAAUUCGUACCACGUAGCACUGCCGAUGAUUUCCUGAAAUCCAUUCCAGAUGUUGAUGACGUAAUAGCUACGACAGCGUUUCUUCCAAACACAAAAGUGGAAACAAAGGACAUUUGUGUCGGUAAAGAGGAUACAGUGUUAAUAAUCACACUGUAUGACAAACAAAAUGUACUUCUCAGAGAGAGCGGGGUCAAAAUUGCUGUAACCAUCUUUGACCCUAAAGGCAAGACCUCGGAUGCCGAGGUUAAAGACUGUGUCAAAACAGAUGGUUGGUACAAAGCUCUAUAUAAACCAUGUAUACCGGGAGAACACACAGCCAAAAUUGCGAUCUGUGAUGAAAAUCUCAAUAUAAAAGGAUACACAUUCUAUGUACAAAAAUCCGACGACCUGUCUUUGGAUUUCUCUGAACUCGAAACGCCCCGAUCAGUGGACGGAAAAGAAAGUACGAUUUCCGAGAGAUCAAUAUCACAAAAGGAACCGGAACUAUUCUUCCCAGACAUCAGCUUCGACAGCUCAAGAUGCAAUUCUCAAAAUGCGGUUUCCAAGGAUAACCAGAUAUUAACGAACCAGAAGGCCCGUCGGUCGUCGUCAAGGGUGGCAGACCACGCCUUCGUUAACUACAGAGGCACCAUUAGUACCCGUCCACUCGGCAAAACAGGUCACCAGUAUUUCGAGGUAGAGAUAUAUCUGUUCAUCAAAAGACAGCUCCGUCAGGAACUGAUGUUUGAGAUUGGUCUAUCAAGGAAAGCACACAUAGACAAACACUACACUAUAGACUGCCAUCCUCACGCCUGGGUGAUCUGUGCCCGCCGAUGUUCUAUCUGUGAAUCCAUCUGUCUACAUGCUUGGCAUAACAACGCGAAACUGUUCCACUCUUCUCUUACCGACGGAAAGAGCCCCGGAACAACCUACAGAGGAGUGUAUGGCUUUCUUCUCGAUACUGAAAAUCGACAUUUGUAUUUGGUUGACGCAAAAUCAAAGAAGUGCAUUUUCAGGUUUCGAAAUGUGGAUACCAGCAAAGCUCUCUGGCCAACAUUUGCAAUUUAUAAUCCGGACUUGGCCAACAUCACGAUGACGCUCCGAUCUGGUAAUGGUAUCACAAGCGAACCAGAUAUUCCUAAAGAUGUUUGAAACAGACCGGGCUCCGGUCUCUGGAGGAGCAUACUUAACCAUAUCAUUUGGUAUCCGGGGUACAUUGUACGUAUGCAUAUGAGGCUGCCUUCUAAAUAAUACCGUAGAUAGGUAUGUAUCUAGCACUGCUGAUUUGGCGGACGAAUCCUGUGCGUGUCGGACCAGCGGAAGAGUAAAAUAACGCAGUAAUGAGUUAAAUCAGAUCCGAUGUACUUAGGGAAAAACAGGAACAAAGAUCAUUGUUAAGGAACAAUAAUUCUCAUUUUCCGUCUAUCAGCAAUACCCUCUGUGGAAAAUAAUUUCCAAUGAAGGUCAUGCGGUCAAAGUGUGAGCCAUGACAUCCAGAUAAACUAUCCAGGUAGGCAGUCAAUGCGUUAACAGUGUAAACACUAAAACGAUGAUUGUAUAAAGGGGUGUGUUAUAACCGUAAAGUAUUGUCUAUUUCUGUACUACGAUUAGGCUAAACAUAUGUAAUGCAUAGUAAUUUUUGUUCGAUAUCAUUCUCUGUUUCAUUAAAGUUCAUUAAACUAUAUUUCGGUACCACACAACCAUUACGACACCUGUCAAUCACUUAAAUGGAAUAUAGUUAAUUAGUGUAUGUAUUAGACGGCAAAUUAUUGGUUGAUCUUAGGGCUUUCAUUCUUACAAAUGAAUAUUGAAAAUGUUGCUUCCAUUUGGAGUUAUUGUGAUCGGAUUAAGUGACACCCAGUAUGUAAUGUUAUAUGAUCGCAAUGUCUUUUAAUGGGAUUAGUAGAUGUAAUAUUAGUGUCAUAGUAGAUACACUAGGUUCACUAUUCGUAACAUUACUGAAAUGAAUUGAGGAGCCAAUAACAUGAUUUUGACGCCAAAUUGCAUACCAAAGCAACUGUUAUAACUUCGUUAGAUAAAAACUAAUCAGCUUAAUCAGUAUUGUAUUAUAGUUUUCAAUCUAGUACAUUUUGUAGGUUGUUGACAAUAUUCAUUAUUUUGUUAUUCUGCAAUAAACUAUUGUAAUAUGAAAUAUAUAUUAGCACAUUGAUUUGAAAAUCAUUUAGAUAUAAGAUUUUUUGUUCUUUUAAAUAUUUUUUUUGUUUGUUAAAUGAUUAGCUAUAGACCAUUGUAAAUUGCUUAAAUCUUUAAUAAUGAAAGCAUCUUAGCGUUGAAAUACUUUUCAUUAUUAAAUAAUUUUAGUUAAACAGGUUCUAGCAUAUACUUAGUAUACAUAUUUAUAUAACAAUCACAUUCGUUAUCAUAAAACUUUACCCGUGCCCUAACGUAUAUCAAUAAUUAGACUCACUAUCACAAACAUACAGUAUUUGAUUCUUAAGCAUGAUAUUUUUGUGACUACAAUCUGUCACCUAUAUCAGACAAAUGACCGGUGAUGUGGCGCGGGUCGUAAGUCAUUUCAUCUACACUAUUAUCUUCACUGCGGUGGUAAAAAAUCUUACUCUUGUUAUGAUAGUACCAAUAGGAAGAAAAUGUUCAAUAAAAUGGCCUGUGUGUAUUUAUCAGUGGAAAAGCAUGUGCACAGGAUCUACGAUAUUUCCUUACAAAAACAUCCUCUCCUUAUAUCGAGAGAAAUGCGUUUUUUGUAUGUUAAAAAUCGAUAGGUAAUUAUUAUUGUCUCCUUAAUUACAAUAAUGACAAUAAAAUCAAAACAAUUAAAAGAUUUAUUUUUAAUUCAUCUCUUCAUGUUGAGAAUCGCUUCCCUGGAAAAAUGGACACAUGUUUUGUAUGCAAGUAUCGUAGAUCAUACAGUAUAUAGAUAUUUAAUAAAAAUAUUCAAAUAGAUGAA